UGAUUUAUUGUUAUUAAAAUAUCAUUUCAGUUUCAGGGCGCUUAUUUUACAGUUUCUUCCCUCUUCGAUCUUUGCCUCCACUUUCUUCUUCAGCUCCCAACAAUGAACGCCACCAUCAAUAAUUUCAACCAAGAAAACGGACACGGAAGCGAUUCGGAUACGAAUUCCGGAGACGAGGCAGCUGCAGCGGAAUACUACCAGCCGAUCUCCGGCGUCGACGAUGGCAGUGGCGAAUCGGACGGCGAGAACGGCAUUAACGGUGUGGCUGAGAACGGGAUCUCGUCUUUGGAUCAAAACGACGUCGUAUACGAAGAAGAAGAGGAGGAGGAAGAAGAGAGGAAUAGAAGAGAAGAGAUACGGAGGGCGUUCAGUGAGGACGAGAAUAGAAGAAACGCGCCGCUGAGUGAGGAGAACGCGACGCGGGUUAUGGAGGCCAUGCGCGGCGUUUCUUUCGGCGGCGUGGCUCCCGAUUGGGCCGAUCGGGUUCCCGAGGACCGCUGGAUCGAUCAGCUUCGCAGGUUGAGACUGUCACCCAACACUUGAUCAACGUUAAUCCUUAUUUUUUCUUAAUUAAUUUUUUUAAGAUUAAUCUUAUUCUUAUGCAUAUCUAUCUAGAAAGACUUUCAUGUUAAUGAAGUGAUUGAUAGUCUCGGAUAUUUGCGUAUGUGUUUAUGAACGCCAAAAUAUUAUGAGAAAGUUGUACAAUGAAAGUUUAGGGAAGUAUUAGAGAUAUA